AAGAAGACGUAGGAGUAGAAGAAGAACAUCUCAUGACGUAGAAAUACAGCGCCACAGUAGCUGGUACUCCAGCUAGCUACAUUAGCUUACGUUUCCAAAGGUUGUUGACAGCUUCCCCAGCUCGUGUUGGCGGGUGCUCUCUGUGGUUCGAUGGUUUAGUCUCUACCGACCGUCGGUAUGGCAGAGGAGGAGGGUUUCUCACCAACCAUGCUGACAGAGGGGAUGAGACACAGCGAUGGCGGCUUCGUAGCGCCGGAAGGUUUAUGCUGGGUGUCGGUGCUGUCCUGUCUGCUGCUCGCCUGCUCGUAUGUUGGCAGUUUGUAUGUGUGGAGGAGUGACCUGCCGAGGGAUCACCCUACUGUGAUUAAGAGACGCUUCACCAGUGUCCUGAUUGUGUCGGCCCUUUCACCUCUCUUUGUGUGGGCAUGGAGAGAAUUCACAGGUGUCAGGACUGACUCAUCCUUAUUUGCUCUCAUGGGGAUCCGGUUUGAAGGCCUGAUUCCUGCCAUCAUACUUCCUUUGGUGCUCACCAUGGUCCUGUUCUUGGGCCCCCUUAUGCAGUUGGCCAUGGAUUGUCCCUGGAGCUUCAUUGAUGGGAUCAGGGUAGCCCUUGACCCGUGCUUCUGGACGUUGUGUUUCAGUGACAUGCGCUGGUUGAGGAAUCAGGUGGUUGCGCCAUUGACAGAGGAGCUGGUCUUCAGGGCCUGCAUGCUGCCCAUGUUGGUGCCGUGUGCUGGCCCUUCUUUGGCUAUCUUCACCUGCCCUCUCUUCUUUGGAGUGGCUCACUUCCACCAUGUGAUCGAGUUGCUGAGGUUCAGACAGGGAACGCUGUCCGGAAUCUUUCUCUCUGCAGUGUUCCAGUUCUCCUACACAGCGGUGUUUGGGGCCUACACUGCCUUUAUCUUCAUCAGAACAGGUCACCUGAUGGGCCCAGUCCUCUGCCAUUCCUUUUGCAACUACAUGGGUUUCCCGGCCAUCAGCACAGCCCUGGAGCACCCCCAACGCCUCCUCGUCCUCUCCUCCUACCUGCUGGGGGUCCUCCUCUUCCUUUUCUUCCUCUUCCCCUUCACUGCCCCCUUCUACUAUGGCCUCCCCACACCAGUCUGCACCCUUACCUCCUACCCCAGUUCCCUCUGCCUCUCCUGAUCCCUGCCCCCCCCAUGUGCACACUCGAUGAAGCAGUCAAGUGUUUUUUGCCAAGUUAGAGAUCAGGUCCGGUCCUGUGGGGACUGACAGCGCUAACAGCCAUGUGGGCAACUUUGCCGUGGAAAGGUGAGGAACUCUAUAGCCCUUUACUGAGGGUCUGUGGACCCUUGAUAUGUCAAUACAUGUCCAUGACGUGAAUUAGCUGAUCAGCUUAGAAAGAAUGACUCGGUUUGAGUAGGUGUGAUUCAUGUUGCUGUGAGUAAACCCGAGACUGUCCGAUUCCGAGGACUAUUUAUGUGAUUGUUGGGCUAUGAUGCCACCCUGAAUAGAUUGUAGUGUAGAUAUAUACGCAGCAUUGAAGGACCAUUUCUCCUCAGAUCCUCUUACAAUGGUAAAUCUCACCAGUUUGUGAUGAAGCAUCAGUAUGUACCAUUUUAGUGUACUAUUUAUCAACUCAAUCUGCCUCAUCUUUUUAAGGGAUAAUUCUGGUUUAUUCAAAUGUUGGAUUUUUUUUUUCAUGGUUUAAAAUAUUGGCUUUUAGAAACUGUGGAAACAAGAGCUUUAAAGCUUCAGGUUUCGGUUCACACUGGGUUAUUUUUCAUGUGUAUUUCUUUUGCAAUUAGCCUGGUGAGCUGAUGAUCAGCAAUGAAUUAAGUAAAGAAAAUGU